UGUUCUCUGUCUCCAGGUGUGGGUGGAUGCUGGCACACAGAUCUUUUUCUCCUACGCCAUCUGCUUGGGGUGCCUGACAGCCCUGGGGAGUUACAACAACUACAACAACAACUGCUACAGAGACUGCAUCAUGCUCUGCUGCUUGAACAGUGGCACAAGCUUUGUUGCUGGUUUUGCUAUCUUUUCAGUUCUUGGAUUUAUGGCUUAUGAACAAGGCGUGCCCAUUGCAGAAGUUGCAGAAUCAGGACCAGGACUUGCAUUCAUUGCUUACCCUAAAGCUGUCACCAUGAUGCCUCUGUCUCCUCUGUGGGCAGCUCUGUUCUUCAUGAUGCUGAUCUUCCUGGGCUUGGACAGCCAGUUUGUGUGCGUGGAAAGCAUCGUGACAGCUGUGGUGGACAUGUACCCCAAGGUGUUCCGCAGGGGCUACAGGAGGGAGCUGCUCAUCCUCGGCCUCUCCAUCGUGUCCUACUUCCUUGGCCUCAUCAUGUUAACCGAGGGUGGGAUGUAUGUAUUUCAGCUCUUUGACUCCUAUGCAGCCAGUGGGAUGUGCCUGCUCUUUGUUGCCAUAUUUGAGUGUGUCUGCAUAGGCUGGGUGUAUGGCAGCAAUCGCUUUUAUGAGAACAUUGAAGACAUGAUUGGGUACAAACCUGUGUCGUUGAUUAAGUGGUGCUGGAUGGUCCUAACUCCAGGUAUUUGUGCAGGCAUCUUCAUCUUUUUCCUGGUGAAGUACAAGCCCCUGAAGUACAACAAUGUGUACAUCUACCCUGACUGGGGCUAUGGCAUCGGGUGGAUGAUGGCACUGUCCUCCAUGGUCUGCAUCCCUCUGUGGAUCUGCAUCAAGCUCUGGAAGACAGAAGGCACCUUCAUGGAGAAAUUCAGGAAGCUGAUUACACCUAGCUCAGACCUGAAAAUGCGGGGCAAGCUCGGAGGAGGAGCCUACAUUGCAGCAAUAAAUGACUGCGAUGCCAAACUGAAAGGAGAUGGCACCAUUUCCACCAUCACAGAAAAGGAGACACAUUUCUGAAAGAACUUUUUUUU